AUGGGUGCCACAGAGGAUGUGGCGCGACGACUCAAGAAUGAGGUCGAGGCUGAUGAGGCGGUGGAGAGGGGAGAUUUCCGUUGGGAUCUGGCCGGAGAAUGCGUUGCCGGAGAGGUAGACGAGCUUGAGGUGCAGCUGGCCAGGAGGGAGAGGGUGUCAUUGAGGUGGGUGUCACGGAGGUCAAGGAGGAGGAGCUGGUCGAGGGAGGGCUUCAAUGGGGCAGCGGAGGUUGUGGGAGGGGUGGACGACGACAGUGAUGUGUCCGUUGGUGACAUGUGUGAACAUUCUAGCCGCGUAGUCUGGCUUGGAGUCCUGCGGCCAUCUGAUCGUCACUCGACCACAGCCUACACAACCGACGGGAAAGGCCACCUUAUGAUAGACGUAUCCACGGGCAAAAAGUCCACACCAUUCAAUCAUGGAGCAGAGCACAUUAACUCCAUAUCCUCCCUCGACCCAGGCCUAGUCUACAACAGUAACAUCACCUGCCAAUUGUAUGGGAUGAAGUUUGUAAACUUUCUUGUGUUCGUACAGGAUUAG